AUGGCUGCAGAUCCGAAGGUCCUGGCUAACUUCAUCCAGCCAUGUCACGCACAAGAUUCUACCUGCCUGAAGCUCUCUGCUCAAAAUGCCCUUCCUGUGGUGGCGGCCGGGAUCCCAAGCUUGGGGAUGAACACAUUGGAUCCGAUGGUAGUUGAUCGAGUGGUCGCAAGUCAAGCAGGGUUGAACAUGGAUUUUAACAACACCAUCGUGAAAGGAUUGAGGCACUGCCACGUUUUAGAAUUGAGGCGCAUUGGAAGCAAGACCAGUCUAAGCCUGAAAUGCUCUGUCGUUUUGGUCGGCGACUACAAACUGGACGGGGAACUCUUGAUGGUACCCAUUCAAGGAAAAGGAAAAUAUAAAAUUCAAAUACGCGAUAUAGUUGUGAAAGUAGAAUUCAAAGUGGGUGAGCGUGAGUCGGCCGGCGAGCGUUACUGGACCGUGCCGAGCUGGACUCAUACAGCUGACGUCUUGGGCGGUGUUGCUUUCAACUUCCAAAACCUUUUCAAUGGGAGAAAAGAUUAUGCGGAACCGGUGUUACACUUCGCAAAUACGCACUGGCACGACAUCUUCCACGAGGUCGCACCUCCCAUUGUGAAGGCGGUGGUGUCCCGCAUCGUGGCGGAAACUACGAAGCUCUUCGACAAAGUGCCGAUACGAGAACUAGCUUUAGAA